ACGGGUUGAUGUGGUUCCUUUCUGCCACUAAGGAUUGUGGUUGGUGAAUGUAUUUGCCCCACCAUCUCUAAGUUAAUGGUGUGCCAAGGGCAGAUGUGAAGCAGCUGUUUCUCUGGAUAUUGAUGUGGUAUCUUCUUAACGCAUCACGACGCCUUGGGCCCACCGGCAGCACGGGAUAUGGAGGCUCUUGAAGUUGAUGACAUUAGCCCUGCCUUGGAAGUGACUGAAGACUUUUUCAAUAGUUUUGAUACUAAGCUUGAAAAGAUUGUGCAGCCCUCUGAGGUGUAUGGUGUACAGGAGGUCCCCGAACUGGUUGGGCACGAGGUAUUUGAUCAGAUAACAGAGAGCAGGAAUCUGAGGAACGUCGCCUCCUUAGCCAAAAGUAGCCUCAUCUGGGAUCACUGCAAAAAUGGCCUCUUGGAAACCAAAGCUCAGACAGCAUUCCCUGCCAAAGACCAGCACGUGGUGCAGAGGGGAACAGCUGCUGACAACCUUGCUUGGGCAGGGGAAGGGGAGACCGCAGCUUUUAACAUCUUCAAUAUGUGCCAGCGGAGGAGAGACAGGCCUCGCUCGGUGAACGACAUCCUGGUGCAGAAUGAGGAAGCCUCCACAUUCAAGCCAGGACACAACAGGUCACGCUCUGAUAUCAGCCAUGUAAACUGGGGAGUGGUCUUCACGGGCACCUCCCUGCAGCAGCCACCUGCGCCUGGGCAGGACAAUAACUGCGCUCUGCUCUCUUACCUGGCGUUAACCAAGGGAGAGGACAUCCAAGGAAACACAGAAUGCAAGUCAACGUUCCCAAAUAUUCUGAAGAAGGGAUACUUAGAAAUUAGAAGAGACAAUGACAGCUACUGGCAAGCCUGUUACGCUGAGCUCUCCCCAUACAAACUGUACCUGUAUUGCUUGGACAGCAGUGGCAACCAGACUCUUCCCACCGUGUAUCCACUCAUGCAUUUUCAAAGAGUCACUGUUACUGGUUGCAUUGAAACCAAGGUGGUUGACGCUGUCCUGUCAGACAACUCGCAGCUACAGCUGAAGGCAGAGUCUUCGUGGGAGGCUUUGGACUGGGGACAGAAGCUCUGGGAAGUGGUGCGUGCUUCUGUGCCUGCUUUCACGAGGCAGCAGGAGAAACUGGAGAAUGUGCCAAAGCCUGACAAUAACAGUGACCUUUCUCAAGCCAAUGGAUUGUUAGAGAAGCCUAUGGAGCUCUUCCUAUCCAUGAAUUUGACUGAAAACACUAAAGAGUACCAAAAUAUUCUCAAAUCAGGGACUCUUUAUAGGUUAACUGUCCAGAAUAACUGGAAGGCAUUUACUUUUGUCUUGAACAGGUCUUAUCUCAUGGCAUUCCAACCGGGUAGGCUUGAUGAAGAUCCGCUGCUGAGCUACAAUGUCGAUGUAUGCCUGUCAGUCCAGACAGAUACUCAGGAUGGCUGUGACUCUUGCUUUCAGGUCAUUUUUCCUCAAGAUGUCCUCCGCCUGCGUGCAGAGACUCGUCAGAGGGCCCAGGAGUGGAUGGAGGCACUGAGAGCAGCAGCCAAUGCUACUAGAAGUUUAACUCGGAACCCGCAGGUCAUGCUUAGGAACAAACCUGGAGAUCGGCCCUUUGGAAACGAUCUUAGAAAGAGCAAGCGCCAAUCUGUGACCACCAGCUUCUUGAGCAUCCUGACCACGCUGUCUCUAGAGAGAGGGCUCACAGUUCAGAGCUUCAAGUGCGCAGGCUGUCAGCGCUCCAUAGGCUUGUCCAAUGGGAAAGCCAAGGUGUGCAGCUACAGUGGAUGGUAUUACUGCAGCACCUGCCAUGUGGAUGACAGCUUCCUCAUCCCUGCACGGCUGGUUCAUAACUGGGACACUUCCAAAUACAAGGUAUCAAAGCAAGCCAAAGAGUUCCUGGAAUAUGUUUAUGAGGAGCCAUUGAUUGAUAUCCAGCAGGAAAAUCCCAUGUUGUACAAGCAUGUUGAAUCUCUGGCAACUGUUGUCCGCCUGAGACAGCAGCUAAAAUCUCUCCGAGCCUAUUUGUUCAGCUGCAGAGCAGCAGUGGCUGAAGAUCUGCGUAGAAGGAUCUUUCCCAGAGAGUAUCUUCUCCAGCAAAUCCAUCUUUAUUCUCUCGCAGACCUUCAGCAGGUUAUUGAAGGAAAGCUGGCUCCUUUCUUGGGAAAGGUGAUCAAGUUUGCCACCUCUCACGUGUACAGCUGCAGCCUUUGUAGUCAAAAGGGUUUCAUCUGUGAGAUUUGCAACAAUGGAGAAAUCCUUUACCCCUUUGAGGACAUUUCUACAAGCAGGUGUGAAAGCUGUGGUGCUGUCUUCCACUCUGAGUGCAAAGUGAAGGCUGUACCAUGCCCCAGGUGUGUGCGUAAAGAAUUGCAGAAGAAGCAGAAAUCCUUCUGGAAGCGACUGAAUAUGGAUGAAAACUUUGAAGAGUCUUGCAACAUGUUUGAGUUGUCAUAUCAGAACACAUGAGUUCCUUAAGGCAGUGGCCAGCCUGAAGAGAAUCCCUUUCCUAGCUGCCAGCUCAAGCAACUUCUCAGCUUAGCCAGGCAGAAAUCUUUUUGCAAAAUAAUAUCUGACCUUCCUCAUCUGUGAAUAGCAGCUGCCAAAGUGGCCAUAAAGCCUUGUUGGCUUUGAAAUACCAAUGGCUAAACUGCAUUUUUGCAUUUAAGUCCAGCCGCUAGCUCUCAUAUAAAAUGUGGUUUACUUGAAAUGCUUUAGGUCUAGCUAAUUAAGCACCCAACUUUUUCCUUUCCACCUCUGGAGAAGACCUUUCCUCAAGGCAGAAAAUACUUGCUGCCAUGACCACAUUAUUUUUUAUGUUGUUCGUUUAGAAUUGAUGAAUCAUCUACUUAUUUAUGGGUAUUAUUUAUUUAUUAUUAGCCUUGGCAGAGGUUCUGGUGAGGUGUUUCACAGAACCCAAUAGGGCAGGAAUGGUUUUAAACCCACCUGCUCCUUCUGAUGUGGACACGUGGUUCCAUUUCCUCAUGUUUCCAGAGAGCUAUUUUUAAAGGAUCAGUGAACUUACAUGUCACUCCUCCCUGAAGAAAGAAAAGUAUCUCCCAUCAAACCUUAUUCAGGGUCCUUGCAAACAUAAGACGCGGAAUAAUUCCUUCAGCUAUGAUUAUAUAUUUAUAACCACCCCAGUGAACUAUUCCAUAUGCAAAUAAGCAGGGGACUUGCUGCUGUUUUUGUUCAGGCUGGGUGUAUCAGUCAAGCUCUGUCACUGAAGUCCAUUGAGUUUUACCCUGGUUAUUCUUGAUCUAUGUGAGGCCACGUCCUCAUCUCCAGUAACAUGAUGUUGGUUCUGACCUUCUGCUAGUGUCAUAUUUUAAGACAUUUUAAGUGUCCACAUUGGUUUUGUUUUUAUUUCGUGAAGUUUACUUUAAAUGUUUCUCUAACCUGAACCUGUUAGACUGAUAGUCAGGAAAGUGGUCUUGCCCACGUUAGUUAGAAAAUACCUCCAAAAUUGUGAAACACUAGUUUGCUGUGCUCACGUGAGAUUUGUGUCCUGCGUUCUCUGCGAGCUCUAAGGGAUUUUAUACUUCUGUAGUGACUUCCAUGGUGGAGAGCGAAGUUCUUCAAGGUAUGGUUCUGCUCCACACACCUGGAACACAGGGAAGUAUUAAACACAGUAAAUUACAUAUAUUGUGAAAGGGGAGUAUGUGAUGCAUUUAACUGGGGAGAUGUGUCAUCACUGGUAGUAUGUUUAAUUCAUUGCGGCUUCACCUCCAGUGAGCACUUAGAGAUCCUCCUCCCUCCAAUCCACAUUCUUAACUCUUUCUCCAGACCCUGCAGUAAUAUGUGUAUUACAUACAUAUGAAAGCAAUCACAUAUAUACACACACAUCUAUAUACAGAGAGCAAAUAUGGUUUCAGGAGAAAAAAGCCAGUCACAUGCAUGUGUAUUUUUCCUCUCACAUAGGUUUGUGAAAAUGCAGAAUACUGAUCUUUGCUUCCUAUAUAAUCUGCAGGCUGUUGUAUUCAAGGCAGAAAGCAGUCCUGAUCAUUGAAGCACCUCACUAAUUGCUGAAGUAUUUUAAAUAAAAGAACAGGGUACAUCAUGCUUACAUUAAAAGGUAGAAUGCUACAACGAAUUGCCUUUUACUGGAGUAUAAGUGGUUACCUUUUCCAGUCUCCAGUCAAAGAAAGUAGCUGAAUCUGAGCUUUCUCAAAUUUGAGUGCAACUAUAUAAGCAUGUUUAUAUCUGUAUACAUUAAACAACCAGUGCCUUUCUUUUCCAGAAGUCCUUCUCAGAGUGGGAUUCUUUGGAAGGAACUGAGGGUUUUUCCUUGUUCUUGGCAAAGUAGUAUAGGGAUUCCCAUAUUUGCAACCUGGUGAAUCAUGCACCUUUGUCACUAAAAUUAAUACUUCCCCUACACAGGGAUGCCUCUCAGCUCACUCUUUCUCAUGUGAAGUGAGUUGCUUUCGGCUAUCAUCCUUAAAGAUAUAUUCCUUGCAAGUCCAUUCCCACGUGAAGAAUUCCCUGCAUGUUCACAAAUGCAAACACUGGGGAAGUAUUGUGGAAUUAGUCAUGCAAACAGGAACUGCGGUGGUACUGGCUGAAUAAACAGUACGCUCCCAUGUUUUUCAGCAUGUGUCACUACAACUAGUCCUGUGGCAAAGCCAGUAGCUCUGAAACUGUCAGAAUCUGGCAGGUGCUAUUUUGAAUUAGCUCUAGACAUAAUGGUGGGUCAUUAAAAAAAAAAAGGUGGUGUUUUUCGUAUCAUCGUGUUCUGGUAUUUAAGAUACCUUACAGCACUGGUUCAUGUCCAGCUCGGUUUAGAGAAGGCUGCUUGUGUGCACUGUCAAAAACCCUAUGGAGUCAAGGAAUCCAGGUUCAGACAUUGCAAACUAUUAGUUACUUUGACAGAUGUCCUGAUCUCCAAAGUACCAGUUGUGUGGGUGGUUAGAUAUUCUAGCUGAAUUCUGGAAUAACAACAUAGACAGCACUGGAUUUACUCUGGGUUUGUACAGGUGUUACAGAACAGUUUCUUUGCAAACUGAGAUUUACAGUAAAAAAGAGUAUGAUGUUGGCAAAACUGCUGGAAUUAGUCAUGGGUCCAGAACCACUGCCAUUACUACCGGCAAAGAGCAAAAGCAUGUUGUUACGAUAUGCUGGCAGCGCCCAAAGCUUUAUGUAAAAGGAUACUGUACAAUACAGAUCAGAUUAAUUUCUUUAAAAUCCAGUGUUGUUGUAAACAAGCCAGUUCCUAAAAUGGAUACACAUUCAUUUCUACCUUGGAAAAGUAAUAUAACUUCUCACAGUAGCUAUAGGAGCAGACUGUAACGUGGAAGAUGCUUUCCUCUCAGGGAUGCCUAGCUCCUAUCCAAAAAAAGUUAUUCCAUAUGAAUGAGUAAGAUAAAGUCUUCUGUCACUGCCUUUCAUAAGCAUAAUGAAAGGCUUGAUCCUGCCCUCAGAAGGUGCCAAUGCAGUGGGAACAAGCCCUAUUCGUUUUUCAGGAUUGCAAGGCAAGAGAAUAAACAUAAACUACUGCUCACAUUACUAACUCUCAAAAGACCCAACUCUAAAAAGACAAUUUUCCUGCAAGAGCCACGUGCUAGCAGGAGACUCAGCCUGGAGUUCUGUAGGUGGUUUGGAUUUCAGACAACUCUGUAGCCUUGCACGGUUGUCUCCGCUGUACUAACAGUGCUGCAUGCUGCUCCCCAGUGCUACUCUUCCCAUUCUGCAGCCCAUAGCCUGCAUGUGGCUCUGCUCUGCAGACUGGUGGGCAUCAGCUGGAAAAGUACCUGGGGUCUUUCCAGAUUGCACAAUCUCUCCACACACACACGCAGGUGAAAUUAACCUAUUGGUACUUCUAGUCCCAUCCUACCCAUGCAUGAAAUACAUUUGAACAACAGCAUUUCAUUGUGAAUCAAGAAUAAAACGUGCUGUCUGCCUCCUUCACAGAGAAGGUGCUUUCAUAGCUGACAGUGGAGGAAUUGAUCUGUACAUCCAGUUGCUGCUUUUGCUUGUACAGAACUUUUAAUCAGUGUAGAAAUAGGGUGCUUCACUGCAAUGGACUAUAGCCUGACCUUCUACAACUACUUAGAAACUUCUUAUCUCAGUUUAGUUAGUCUGAGAUUAUUUUAAUCUAGGACACUGUAGAGGUCCUUAGUCAAGUCUCUUUUCCUCUUUACCCUGACCCUCUAGCUUUCCUUUAAUGGGGAGAAGGACCUAUCGAAGGGAUGCAAACCGCAGCUUUUUUUAUCAACCUAUAAAAAGAGAAAUUUGGAUCUCUUAUGUAGAAAUCUUUCUAUUGCUUUUCUUUGUCUGUCUUAGGUAGUGAAAAAUGAUGGCUUUGUGAUAUGACACAAUAUCCUGGCUGGCACAUACCAAUAUGAGCUCAUUGCUGGGAUGAUAGGAAUUGGCAGUUGUGAGGGUUUCCUAGAUAAGUGAGAGAAGGUUCUUUUUGGUGAGGAACUUGAGUUUUUCACAAUACUCCACAGGCUCUGAUGGCCCUGUUAGGAGUGAAUAAUCAGGGUACCUCUAGAGCUCCUCUCGUCAAGGCUUCUCUUAAUAUCAGGAUACUGUGUGUAUUAUAAUGGAUUGAUGAUAAUGUCCUGAAAGACUUAAAAAAAAAAAAAUGCAGAGGAUGUCUGUUUACAAUGAAAUGGGGAAAGCUGCACAGUUGUAUUUUGCUUUUUCCCUGUAGCAACAGAAGCCACCGAGAGUUUCCCAGGCUUGCCAAGGUCACGGCCUGGAUUGCAGCCGACUGUUGAUCUGUAUAAAAGAAAUGUAAUUGAAUAAUCAUCAUAAUCUUCUCUCUUUUUUUCUGCUGCUGAGCUGCAAGCCAGUCCCCUCUCUCUCUUUCACUGUCUCUGUCCCUGUCUUUGCUCACAGUGCUGAGCCUACAGCUAGACUUUGAGCUUCAUGUCUCAUUGUGUUGCUUUUGAACCAGUCGAGUCUGAUCAUUCUCUCCUUCGUAAUUUGCCUUCCAAUUUUCCCUUCCCAGUAGGAGUGCCUUACAGUACUGUAUAUUAGUGUCUAUCUUCCUGUUUUGGAUUUCCUGAUUGAAUCUGCUGUUCGAUUAACUUGUAGGCUUAAACUGAAACUCUCCCGUGGCUGUGCAUGCUCUUUUGCAGGGGCAGCUGAGUAAAUCAGUUUUGCUUGUUCUGCCCUCAUGAAGUGAGCUCUACAGGCUGCAUAUACCAGCUCUGAAGACACCAAGCUGCAUGGAAACCCCUCACUUCUGCUCAAUUCGGUGCCUUAAAGUUUCAAAAGUGAAGAAUUUUUUCAGGAAUGCUCUGCCAUGAUGCAGCGUGUUUGGCAUUGGAGCUCGAAACCCUUGCUUAUGGCAGUUUCCAUCUUGCUAGGAAUGGUGACCAUAAAAUUUGUUUACUGUCUGUGCUUUGAGAGGGAAAUAUGAGAAAGGAUAGCAUGGAUGUGGCAUUGGUUUUUAUUACCUGUAUUUUGGAGACUAGCUGGGCUUCUCUUCAGCCAGAAAUGCGGCUGUGCUUAUGCGAGACCUUCAGGAGCUGUGCAUAUAUAAUAAUGGCAAGCACUGGGCAUUAAAACGGGAUCAGGUCAUGUGUAAUUUUGCUCCUCCUGGAAUCACUGGCCAGCCCACGCCACGUGGCGAGGGACUCCUUUACGGUGCUCCCUACCCGCAUGGCACAGCUGGGUCCAGUGCAGUGGGAGUGAAGACUUUUCCUCAAAGCUUAAUUUUAAUGCAGCCUGGCUCCCUGAAGGCUAACCCAGUGAGGGUUUGGUCAGCAUUACCUUAGAGAAGGGUUAACCUGCUUAAAUUUUGCCAUUAUUUGCUAAAGUACGUGGCUAACUCUUGCAGCAUGUGUCAGCCCUGGGCACAUGCCCAUACUGACUGUGAUCUUUUAAGUCCACGUUUGACACCAGUAGCAGGAAUCCCGUUAGACAACAGCAGUGCUGUCGCUGCAUUUUAGCAGUGUAGUGAGGAAACAGCACGGUUGAUAAUGUGCAAAGUCCUUCUUUACUUGAAAAAACCCUGGUGUGCACACACUGGCUUGGGUCAUAUCUUAAAAUGCCAAUUUCAUCAAAAUUCCUAGGGUGGGCAUUAAUCCAAAUCGCAAAGAUGCCACUUGCGGGCAGCAUCAGAGAAAUCCAGGCCUGGAAAGCUAUCAGCUGUCUAGGACCAAAGUGUAUUAGGCCUCGUCUACGUGCACCAGUGUCAGUGGCUCAAUUAUUUAUUUAUUCGUGUCUAAUCCACGCAUUAAACCAAUAUAAAUCCUUGAAUACAUAGCGUUGUUUUGGUGAAAAAAGGAUUUGUUUCAGUUUUGCUUAUGCGCUUGUCUACAAAGUCGAUCUUGCUUAAACUAAAGUGUGUUUUCAGACUGAUUUUUAAUGGCAUUGAUACCUGUGAUAUCAGGUUAGCUUAUACCAGACCCUUCUAUACUUGAGCUAAGCAAAAGUAAGAAUUCAUGGGCAAGAUGUGUGUUUGAAGGGUUUUAAGCGAUAAAGGCAGUUUCCAAAUCAACUUUAGUUCAGUUGAGGCAGUUAGAGGCUGGGGGAAGCCAGGCGUGAACAGCAGAGCGCAGCGGCUGGUGCUGUCCCUGGCAGCCCGGGCUUUCCUUCCCGCCGGAGCACCAGCUCACCUGCAGCACUUGCAAUGGAUUUUAGCAUCACUGGCAGCGCACCCUGAGUUUUUGGAAAACCCUUACGUGUGUGUGCUACUCUGUUAACUUAUUGGCGACAUCAUUGUGUGUGUUUCAUUGUUCUUGUGUUUGUUUUGUUUUUUUUUUACUUUUGGCAAGGCUUUUUUUAA